UAUGCUGGCUUUAAUGCAGGGUUAUGAACAUUUUUGGUAGAAAAAUUUGCAAGAGGGUUUUAGCUUUAGAGCUCUGGAUAUAGAAAAUAAGCUUGCUCUUCAAGAUUUUAUACAAAAUAAUAUAAAUUGGCAAUAGAGCCUAUGAUGAUGAUAAGCAGUACUUUACUGAAGAAAUUCAAUGAAUCGAAACAUCAGUCCAGAAUGGUUGGGCUAAUUUAGUCCAUUGUGCAGCUGAUAGAAGCAGAUCAGGAGCAAUGAUGGCUGCUUAUUCUAUGCUCUGCGAAAAGAUCAAACUAAAGGAUGCCCUUAAUCUAAUCAAGAGCAAAAGGUCCAAAUCUGAUUCGAAUUGGGCUUUUAAAAAACAAUUCGAGGAGUUUGAAGAGGAACUUGAUACUCAGACUUAUGAUGUUUAAUAUACC